CGGCCGCUGCGGCUCCGGCUACUCCGCGGGGUUCGGCGCGCGAAAUCCGACCAGCAUGGCGGUGGAGGAAGAAGGGCUCCGGGUGUUCCAGAGCGUGAAGAUCAAGAUCGGUGAAGCCAAAAAUCUUCCCACUUACCCGGGGCCAAACAAGAUGCGAGAUUGCUAUUGCACCGUGAACCUGGACCAAGAGGAGGUUUUCAGGACCAAAAUCGUGGAGAAAUCACUCUGCCCCUUCUAUGGAGAAGACUUCUACUGUGAGAUUCCUCGGAGUUUUCGUCACCUGUCAUUUUACAUCUUCGAUAGAGACGUUUUCCGGAGGGAUUCAAUCAUAGGGAAGGUGGCCAUUCAGAAGGAAGACUUGCAGAAGUACCAUAACAGGGACACCUGGUUCCAGCUGCAGCACGUUGACGCUGACUCAGAAGUUCAGGGCAAGGUCCACCUGGAGCUGAGGCUGAGUGAGGUCAUCACGGACACAGGCGUCGUCUGCCACAAGCUGGCCACGCGCAUCCUUGAGUGCCAAGGCCUCCCCAUCGUGAAUGGGCAGUGCGACCCGUAUGCCACUGUGACACUAGCAGGACCAUACAGAUCGGAAGCAAAGAAGACGAAAGUAAAAAAGAAGACCAACAACCCUCAGUUUGACGAAGUGUUUUAUUUUGAGGUGACGAGACCCUGCAGCUACAGCCGGAAGUCCCACUUUGACUUUGAGGAGGAAGAUGUGGACAAGCUUGAAAUCCGAAUUGAUCUCUGGAAUGCCAGUAACUUGAAAUUUGGAGACGAGUUCCUGGGAGAACUAAGGAUUCCACUGAAGGUGCUGCGGCAGUCAAGCUCCUACGAAGCAUGGUACUUCCUGCAGCCCCGAGACAACGGCAGCAAGAGCCUGAAGCCAGGGGAUCUGGGGUCCCUGCGGUUGAAUGUGGUUUACACAGAAGACCACGUCUUCUCCUCCGACUACUACAGCCCGCUCCGGGACCUUCUGCUGAAGUCUGCAGAUGUGGAGCCCGUCUCAGCAUCCACAGCUCACAUCCUGGGCGAGGUGUGCAGAGAAAAGCAGGAGGCAGCCAUCCCGCUGGUGCGGCUUUUCCUGCACUAUGGCCGGGUGGUGCCCUUCAUCAGUGCCAUUGCCAACGCCGAGGUCCGGAGGACACAGGACCCCAACACCAUUUUCCGAGGAAACUCGUUGACAUCCAAGUGCAUUGACGAGACGAUGAAGCUGGCAGGAAUGCACUAUCUGCAUGUCACCCUGAAGCCCACCAUAGAAGAGAUAUGCCAGAGCCACAAAUCCUGUGAAAUUGACCCUGUGAAGUUGAAAGAUGGUGAAAACCUUGAAAACAACAUGGAGAACCUGCGGCAGUACGUUGACCGCAUCUUUAAUGUCAUCACCAAGUCGGGGGUGAGCUGCCCUACUGUCAUGUGUGACAUUUUCUUUUCCCUCCGAGAGGCAGCUGCCAAGCGCUUCCAGGAUGACCUGGAUGUGAGGUACACAGCAGUGAGCAGCUUCAUUUUCCUGAGGUUCUUCGCUCCUGCCAUCCUGUCCCCUAACCUCUUCCAGCUCACGCCUCACCACACAGACCCACAGACGUCUAGGACGCUGACACUUAUCUCAAAGACAAUUCAAACUCUUGGCAGCUUAUCCAAGUCAAAGUCUGCCAGCUUUAAGGAAUCCUACAUGGCUGCAUUUUACGAAUUCUUCAAUGAGCAGAAAUAUGCUGAUGCUGUAAAAAAUUUCUUAGACUUGAUCUCGUCCUCUGGGAGAAGAGACCCCAAGAGCGUGGAGCAGCCCAUCCUGCUGAAGGAAGGGUUCAUGAUUAAGAGGGCACAAGGACGAAAACGCUUUGGGAUGAAGAACUUUAAGAAAAGGUGGUUCCGUCUGACAAAUCAUGAGUUCACCUACCAGAAAAGCAAAGGAGACCCGCCCCUCUACAGCAUCCCCAUCGAGAACAUUCUGGCAGUGGAGAAGCUGGAGGAGGAGUCCUUCAAGAUGAAGAACAUGUUCCAGGUUAUCCAGCCUGAGCGAGCGCUGUACAUCCAGGCCAACAACUGUGUGGAGGCCAAGGCCUGGAUUGACAUCCUCACCAAAGUGAGCCAGUGCAAUAAGAAGCGCCUUACUGUCUACCACCCCUCCGCCUACCUCAAUGGUCACUGGCUGUGCUGCAGGGCCUCCUCGGACACGGCCCCCGGCUGCUCCCCCUGCACUGGUGGCCUCCCAGCAAACAUCCAGCUGGACAUCGAUGGGGACCGAGAGACGGAGCGUAUCUACUCCCUGUUCAACUUGUACAUGAGCAAACUGGAGAAGAUGCAAGAGGCCUGUGGGAGCAGAUCUGUGUACGACGGCCCUGAGCAAGAGGAAUACUCAACGUUCAUCAUCGACGACCCCCAAGAGACCUACAAGACACUGAAGCAGGUCAUCGCCAGGGUCGGGACCUUGGAGCAGGAGCACGCCCAGUAUAAAAGGGACAAGUUCAAGAAGACCAAGUAUGGGAGCCAGGAACACCCCAUUGGAGAUAAGAGUUUUCAAAGCUACAUCAGGCAGCAGUCAGAGGUCUCCACCCAUUCCAUUUAAAGCCUGGAGGACAUCCAGCACAGCGCUGUGAGCUGCACCAGGAAGGCCACAGUCUUUGCGAAGGAGGGAGACAGACAAGAAGGCAGAGCGAGGAAGCAAAGGGACCCACACUUCCUCUGCUCGCAUAGAUGACAAGUGUCAAGCUCAUGGAACUCCUGAGACUCUCCAGGGCCAUUUCUGUGGUUGCCAUGCACUUUAUUCAUGCCGGUGGGCAGGUGCCCUGAGCUGGCCUUUCUGGACCAGGUGCCAGCGUCGCCUCGCCCACUGCAGAGAGAGUGCUUCUGUCUUGUGAGCGCUGCUCCCUCUGCUGGUCUCUGCAGUGCCUGCACGGGGAGCCUCUGCUUCAGCACAGCGGGGCUUUCAGAGCAUUAUUCUUUCCCUGUGAGCCUGCUGUCCCCACGCCCACGGGCAGGUGGCUUCCUGGUUUCAGCUUUUGAUAUUGGUGGUGUUCCUGGCUAGAGGGUCAGUUUUAUGGUGAGGAUGUGAAGACCUGCAUGGAGAUCCCAAUUUGAGGAUGCUCUUGAUAUUUUGGGGGGUACAGGGUUCUUCUGCAGAGAGUUCCUGGGGAGGGAGGGAGUUCUAGACUUUUCUCCUGGAGGUUAAAGCCUCACCCUGCUGUCUGCUGAGAUGCGCCCACAGCCUGCAGACACCCCUCGAUGCUGACAGGCUGAGCUGGGUGUCCACCCAGGCCCCACUUCAGGCACAAGUUGUGUUGUUGUGCAGUCAGUGGGGCUUAAAAGCAGAAUCCACAUUUUCCACCCCUUGUGGAAGUUUGGGGAAGAUUUUAAAAAUAGAAAUGCGCGAUAUUUUCAGGCUGUUUUUCUUAACAUUUUUAAUUAGCUCUUUGAUAUGAAAUAACUCAGAACAUCCAAACCUGGACUUAUUAAAGGGGAGGGUGCCAUGGCAAAAAAGGGAAUGUGUUGCAUCUCAUGGAAGCUAGUUACAGGUCCUCCAAAGAAAACGGAGCAAGGGAAGAAAUCCUGAACUUGAAAUGGAAGGCGCUUGGCUGUGCAGACGCCCCCUGGCCCCCGGGAGUGGUAUUGCACUGUGUUUCUAUGAAGCCCUUAGAGGCGCAGCGAGGGCUGCUUUCUGUUGGAGUGGGGGGUUCCUGACGCCCCACGGGAGCUGUUUGCUGACUCUUCCCAGACAGUCCUCAUAGCUGCAGGCACCGGCUUUGGAAAGCACUGUUCAAACACACAGGACCAUGUGCCCUUGUGCCCAUCUCUGUUCUUAUUUGCAAGUACUGUCCUUCAGACUCAAUCUAGAUGGCAGAUAGUAACAUAAGUUGUCACAAAAAUGGCGGAGAAUAUGAUGUAAAAAAUAAACUUUGGGACACACGGCUAUUAGGCUGCACCGGACUGCAAUUUUUAACAUGGAUUUGUAACUUAAUGGUUCUGUUUAUAAGAUACUAAUGAUUUGUGAUGUAUUUUACUGGCCAAUUAAAACAGACGUUUUAUUCUUU